CACAUUCACUUUGCUCAUUGCUCCGUUAGGUUCCUUGCAGUUCGGCUCGGAACACGGCAAAACAGCCGAAAAGAAGAGGCACGAGAAAACAAAAUUUAAUAAUCAAAAUAAUAGUUCAAUGCGAAUGUGGAAUAUUGGAUGGGGGAGUCGGUGUGUAUUUUGAAUCGAGUGUAAAAGGACGGCGAAAAUUACUCUACCAGCAACAACAACACACCAGAAGUAGCGUAGUAGCGAAAGGCGUGCAAAGCAGAAGAAGUAGUAGUAGUGGCAGAGUAACGGCUUCGCGUGUGUGUGAGUGUGUGUGCAAUGUGCUUAGCACCACGCAUGGAGGAGGACGACGACGACAGAAGAGCAGCAGACUAGAUGCAAAAUUGAAAUUAAAUUUCCACAAAUUUUAUGCACGCGACGCGUGUCGGCCCCAAUACUCGGAAACAAACGGGAAACGGAGACUUUACGCUGGCACUACACUUCGGCAGAAAUUGGAAAUUUGCAUCUAUUGACGAGAAGGAAUAAUGAAUCGAUGACUGUUGGCUGCUGCUGCUUCUGCUGAAACCGGCCACAUCUGCCAGCUGUCUCGUGUGUCUUAUGUGUGUCCUGCGUAUCUACCGUCUCCAGUGUCUGGUCCCAGCAGGAGUCAAGUGUGCCCCAAAGUCAAGUCCAACAUUGUUGUUUGCCUGAGGCGGUCGAACCCAACCAAAUCCAACCCCAAAGGGUCGGAGUCCAACCGAAGCUUUGCCUGCGGCUCAGCCUGCGCAGCUCCAACAAUUGAGCAAUUGAGAGCGCAUUAGUGAUUGGGAGAGCGGAUUGCGCGAGAGUGUGAACAAACAGUUCGAGCUAUAAAAGGAAACGCCGUCGGCUGGCUGGUGUUUUUUUGUUGCCCGCUUGCGGCCUGGACUCGCCUGGCUCUCCACAGUGGAAGGAAGUGGAGCAGCAAGAGGAGGGGAGCACAGAGCCGACACGGAAGUGGUGACAUCUGUUUUUGCCGCUUUGUCAGUGCCAUCCGGCUGCCAAAAGCCGAGGCCGAAGCUGCAGUAGCCGACCGAGCACCCGAACACGAGGCGACACGAACACAAGUGUGGAAAUUGGAAUUUUUAUUCAAAACAAUGCCCCUGCUGCAACAGUACGACACACCCGACUGCUCUUCUGGAACUAGGGACAGUGGCAACAUGCGCGCUUUGAGCGGCCUUGAGGCCGGUUCCGCGGACCUGAUGCAAAAGCACUCGACGAUCAACUCUCUGCUUGAACACCACCAACAGCAGCAGCAUCAACAGCAGCAGCAGCUGCAGCUGCAACACCACCAGAAGCAACAGCAACAACUGAAGCAGCAACAGCAGCAGCUACAGCCACACGAUCUGCUGGGCAGACGAAGCACCGACGAUGGACUGAUAUCAUUCAUAAACGAUCCCAUCACACUCAGCGAUCUACUGGGACUUUGCAGCACCACAACUGGAGGAACUGGAAGCGGAGUGGGAGCUGGAAUGGGAUUCGUUGCAGGCACAGGAGCGGGAGCCUUAGACGGAGGAGGAGGAGGCGGAGGAUUGGCCACUGCCCAAGCCAGCAAUCAGAAACAGAAUCAAAACCACACCCAGAACGGAGACAACGGCAUCAGCAGUGGCAGCACGAAUCGUCUGAAUGCCGCUACUACUGCCGUUGCCGCCGCCUCUGGCGAUGGUGUGGGCGUUGGCGUUGGUGUCCAACUGUCUGCCAAUGCAGCCAUCUACUCCCCCCUAACACCCAGCUCCACGCAAUCCUCGGCCUCGCCAGGCACCACCAAGUCGAAUUUCGACUACUUUCAGUUUGAAAAUGUUGCACAAAGUAACCCACUUAAGGCUUUCCAAAGAACAAACAUCAGCUUCGAUUGCUCUGCACCUUUAUCGCCAAGUACGCCUUCAUCUAUUUACAAUCGCUCCUUUCACAGUUCACCUUUGGUCAGCGACAGCAGCAAUUCCUCCAGCGGCAACGGCCUGUCAACCGACUCGAUCAACAUGCUCUACCAGCAGCAGCGCCAGGAGCCGCAGGGCUUCUCAGGCAGCGGCCUGGGACUGAACCUCCAGAAUGCCUCCACGCGCUCCAACACGCCCGAGAGCCAGAACAGCAACCAGUCGAUCAAUGAACCCAAUCUACUGGACAUGAUUAACCUGCUGUCUGUGAAUAGCAACCGACUGGCAACCAUGCAGCAGCAGCAGCAGCACCAGCAGCAGCAGCAGCUCCACCAGCAACAGCAGGUCCAUCAGCAGCUGCAGCAGCAGUACGCGAACCUCAACAGGAACUACGAGCAGCAGCUGUCCGGCAAUGGGAGCCAGCACAAUUUCGACCUGAACGGAGACCUCAAUCAGUGCGGAUUGGAUAACUUUGCCAGCGUGGACAUGGAGCUGGCAAAACUGCAGAAUCUGCAGCGCAUCAACACGCUGAAGCUGCUGCAUGCACAGACGCAACAGAUGCCGCUGCUCAGUCAGCUGCUGCAGAGCUAUGCCGGGAACAUUCCUGCUGCGACCAAUGCAGCCAGCAGCCUGACCAAUCUCGGAGGAGCGGCGAAUGGAUUUGGGCCCAACCUCACGGGGCAGGACGGCGGCAGUACCAACGAUGGGCAUCUGGAUCGCGUGGCCAAGUUCCAUAGGAGCUCCGCGGCCCUGUACGAUGCCACCUGCACCUGGAGCGGACAGUUGCCGCCACGAUCGCACCGAAUGCUCAACUAUUCCCCAAAGGUCUUCCUGGGCGGCAUUCCGUGGGACAUCAGUGAACAGUCGCUCAUUCAGAUAUUCAAGCCAUUCGGCUCUAUCAAAGUGGAAUGGCCUGGCAAGGAGCAGCAGGCUGCACAGCCCAAAGGCUACGUCUACAUCAUCUUUGAGUCGGACAAACAGGUGAAGGCCUUGCUGUCGGCCUGCGUGGUCCAAAUGGACGAUGCUCACAGCGGCAGCAACUACUACUUUAAGAUCUCAUCGCGUCGCAUCAAGUCCAAGGAUGUUGAGGUCAUUCCCUGGAUCAUAGCCGACUCGAAUUUUGUGCGCUCUAGCUCCCAGAAGUUGGACCCCACAAAGACCGUUUUCGUUGGCGCCCUACAUGGAAAACUGACGGCGGAGGGCCUGGGCAAAAUCAUGGACGAUCUCUUCGAUGGGGUGCUGUAUGCGGGCAUCGACACGGACAAGUACAAGUAUCCGAUUGGAUCGGGACGAGUGACUUUCAGCAACUUUCGCUCCUACAUGAAGGCCGUUUCAGCCGCCUUCAUCGAGAUACGCACCACGAAGUUCACCAAGAAGGUGCAGGUGGAUCCGUACUUGGAGGAUGCCUUGUGCUCGAUAUGCGGCGUGCAGCAUGGUCCCUACUAUUGUCGGGAGCUCUCCUGCUUCCGCUACUUUUGUCGCAGUUGCUGGCAAUGGCAGCACAGCUGUGACAUUGUGAAGAACCACAAGCCCUUGACGCGCAACAGCAAGUCGCAGGCUCUGGUGGGCAUUGGCCCCGCCUCGUCGACAGUCUCGCUGGCUUCCUCCAAUCACAGCAACAGCAAUGCAGAGCACAAGAUGCCGCAGCAGCAACAUAACCACCACCAUCAUCAUCAACAGCUGCAUCACAACCAGAGCCACCACAACCUCCACCAGCACCAGCAACAGCAGCAACAGCAGCAGAAGCAUCACCAGGUCAAUCAUCAUGGCAAUCUACAUCAGUCGCACUCGCAGCAGUCGCAGUCCGGAGGAGGAGGCUAUGGGCUGCUGGGCAAUGCUGGAGCCGCCGCCAAUGCCACGGCCACUUCAUUGUACAACUUCCAGCAGCAGCUCCAGCAACAGCAGCAACACCAGGCGAUCUAAAGACAUCCUCCCAUCUUUUAAGCGUACCGUUUUAACGUGCUUCCGAUACAGCGUUGAGCGUAGAUCGCAAGCAGAGAACAGCGCAUUCCCGGACAUUAUGGCCGACACACUAUCAUUGCAAACGACACAGAGAUACAGAGUUUUAUUGAUGUGUAUAAAUAUCUAUAUGUAGAACAACGGUACGAGGUAUGAAGUAUACGAUUAUACGCGUUGAUAUAUCCCUUAAAUCUUAAGGCUUAAGGUCCCUUAGUGUCCCCUCUUCGGACACCCAAACACACCCCCAAACAAGACACAGACACUCACUCUACACACACUACUACUUUUUGUACUAUUUCUUUGAUAAUCAUGCUUACAUAUCAAACAGCAUUUGGAUCAAUCGAUGCUUGAGCGAUGAAAUGAGCGAUUUCAUUUACCCAUCAUAACCUCAAUCAAGCCACAAUACUAUAAUAGUUACUUUUUGGCUAAGAAAGCUGUUCGAAACCUAUUCUAUAUUUGGUAAUUGUCUAAUUUUAAGCUAACGUGAGAGGGCGUGGAGUCUGGAUCGAGAAUCAGGACUAGCUUCCCGCCCGCCCGCGAGAUUGGAGAAUCUCUUUUUUGUUAUUGUUUAUUUUUUUUUUUGCGCUAUUAUUGAGGAAUUUUAUGUGGUUUCUUUUUACAUAGCCAAGGCCCAUACAUAUAUCCAAUAUAUAUAUAUUUAUGGACUGUCCGUUGAGCGUUAAUCUAUCAGGGAAUUUCAAUUUUUAGAAGCAUUUUUAAAAAUUGUAAAUUCAUUUACCUUUUGCCCACCCCUCAAAUACCCCCAUUUCUGUCAUUUAUUGAAUUUUUUUGUUACACUUGAGUUUUUUUGAUUUACGAGAUUUUUUUGUUCAGUUUUUUUUUUGUUAUUUUGAAUUAGUUUUAAGCACACAAACACACACCAACAGUUACGCGCGAUGCCUGAUCGAUUGUUGAACUUUGUUUUAAGGGAACUUUAAGAAUAUAAUUAUCUUGCGUUUGGCUUUUUUGGCUGUUCCAGUUUUAGAGCGCCACACAUCAUGGCGCUAUAAGCUUAUUAUCUCUAUGUCUUACAUUAUUUUUCAUGUAUUUUGAGAAAGGAUCUCCAGUGCUUUAACCACUUAUUAUCUAUAUACCUAUACACACAUCACGUAUGUAGCCACGAAACAAACACACACUAAUCUUACAUACAUAUUGUACUUAACAAUGCUUUAAUUUAAUUCAUUUUUUUGUACUCUUCUAUUAGAAAAAAAAAAAAACGAAAAGAUCACACACAAACACACGUAUUCACAAAUCUAAAACAAAUAUAUAACACAAUAUUGCCUUUUCCAA